GGCUCAGGCCUCAAGGUCCUGGGAACCAGAGCCAGGCAAGAAGCUCUGGGCUUGGAGGAAGCCCCACCUGGUUCUCAUGGCCUUCCUUGUGUCUGGGACCCUGUGGGCAUCUGCACAGCUGGCGGAUGCUUGGGACAGCCUGGGGAGAAAGGGGAAAUACAGUGUGCAGGGAUCAAGGGUAGCCUUGGUACUCAGCAGCCCUGGGGUGUCUGCCACUGCAGCUGCUGCCCUGGAUGGUGUGUCCCAGGCCCUGGGCUUUGAAACCUGUGAGAAGAGGGUGGUCCCGGUACAGAGCUUCCUUGAGGAGCUGAGAGUGUUCCGGGAGCAGCUGGAUGUCCGGAGGGCUGCUGUGGGCUGUGCCCUCGUGGUCUUGAUGGCCCCCAGUGGGCAGCUGAGGCAGCCACAGCUGCUGGUCAAGGAGCUGAGUCACUGUGGGGCCCUGCAGGGCCGCCCCAAAAUCUUCCUGUUACUACUCUCUAGUGGCCUCAAGUCAGCCCGGGAGCCUGCUGCUUUCCUCGCGGCUCUGGGGGAAAUCUGCAGCCAACACCCUCACUGGUCACUGCUGCAGCUGCUGACGGAGCUCUUUUGCAGAGUGGCGGAAGAGGCUGCUGGGAACACCCACUGCCCAGUCUUUAGGACCUCCCUUCGGGGGAGCCUGUGUUUGGGAGCUAUGGAUCCCUGGAGGCCAGAGUCCGACCCCGGACCAAGAGCACAGUAUGACCUGUCUGGAACCAGGGCCGCCCUCCUUCUGGCUGUGACUCAAGACCGGCCAGGGGCACAGCAUGACGUGGCAGCACUCAGGGACCUGUGCCAGGCCUUGGGCUUCAAGGUCACCCUGAGGACAGACCCUUCAGCUCAGGCCUUCUGGGAGGAGCUGGUUCAGUUCCGGGAAAAGCUAGACACUCACAAGGAGCCUGUGAGCUGUGCCCUGGUGGCCCUGAUGGCCCAUGGGGGGCCACAGGGGCAGCUGCUGGGGGCUGAUGGUCGAGAAGUGCAGCCAGAGCUGUUGGUCGGGGAGCUGAGCUGCUGCCGUGCACUGCGGGGCUGCCCCAAGAUCUUCCUGCUGCAGGCCUGCCGUGGGGAGAACAGGGACCCUGGUGUGGGGCCAAGAGCUCUCCCAUGGUACUGGCGCUGGCUGAGAGCACCCCCAGUGCUCCCUACCCACGCAGAUGUCCUCCAGGUCCAUGCUGAUUUUUCAGGCAGCUCUAGCUCCACUCCAGGGAGCUCUGGCCAAGCAGACAUCCUUACAGUCUAUGCAGCUGCGGAGGGCUGUGUGGCCUAUCGGGAUGAAAAGGGCUCGGACUUUGUCCAGACGCUGGUGGAGGUCAUCAGAGCCAACGCUGGAGGAGAUCUCCUCGAGCUGCUGACUGAGGUCAACAGGCGGGUGUGCGAGCUGGACGUGCUGGGGCCGGACAGUGAGGAGCUGCGCAAGGCUUGCCUGGAAAUCCGCAGCUCGCUCCGGCGCGGGCUGCGUUUGAAGGACUGACCGCGCUCCCGCCUCCCCCACAGCCUCUCCUCAGGCCCUGCGGGAGUCCAGCGCGCGCCAUAAACACGCGUUCCCGGUCGCGGCGCCCCGGAAAGGGCUCCUCCUGACAUCCGAGACGCCGAGGGGAGCCACGGGGGCUGCAGACCGGACGGGGCGGGACGCGCGCACGGGCUGCCCUGGAGGCUGCGGGGAGGCCGAGCACGCGGAGGGGAGACCGGGAGGCCAGCCGCUAGGUCCGGAGGGCCGCCCACUGCCCAGCAGGCCUACGCUGGCCCACACUCCUGCUGCCUCCCCAGCAGCUCACUCCAGUCAGCUCGGCGGGCAGAACCUCUCCAGCUGAAGCAUGCGCAGUGGGCGCUUGAGCUGGCCUUAUGGAGAGAGCUAAGCACAAAGCUGGCGUGGGGCCGCGUGGCCUAAUGGAUAAGGCGUCUGAUUCCGGAUCAGAAGAUUGGGGGUUCGAGUCCCUUCGUGGUCGCUGCACGUGUUUGUUUUUCUGAACCGCGUUUCAAAAUUUUCCCGUUUUCGGGUUUACUUUCCUCCCCACCCGCCUUUCCUUUUCCCACUGCCGACUCCCGGACGACAAGAAAGGGAGUCCCUCCACGCUCGUAUCGCUGCGUCUAGCUCACGCCAGGCUCGUGUGUACACGAGCCGAGGAAAGGGAAGGAACGGAGACGCCGGAGUGGAGCUCCACUGAGGGGAUUCCGCCCAGGGAAACCUCCUUCACCCGCAGCUCCCAGGGGGCCAGCUCUCGGGACGGGCGUGGCGCAGUCGGUGCCCCUUAGUGUGACAGCCGCGCCUUUCCAGACCUCCGGGGCGGGCGCUGGCUGCGGGGCGCGAGGCCGGAACCACGCGCGAGCAGCUCGAGGGCACCCCCGGAAGAGGCAGACGGGCGGGACGUCCGUCUCGUUCCGUCGUCCGCCCCGGUGGCCUAAUGGAUAAGGCAUUGGCCUCCUAAGCCAGGGAUUGUGGGUUCGAGUCCCACCCGGGGUAAAAAGCCAGCGUUUUGGGACCCUUUAAAUACCUGGAAAGUAGAAGCUAAAAUGGAGAAGCAGCUGUUGGGAAUGAGAAGGGGUUUUAUAUAAUAGACAAUCGUGUCUUGACCUCAAAUAAGUUUAAAAUUAUCAUUUCAAGGCAACAUUUUGUUUCCAAAUAAAUAACGUUUUCGUAUGAUUUCACUUCAA